AUGAUUUUGGCCGCGCCACGGGGCUUCCCGGCGGCCGAGGCGCUCCCGCGGGUCUGGGGAAUACCUGUUACCAGUGCAUCGUAUUUUGCCACCAUGACACUUGACCAAGUCAGGCACGUAUUUCGCUCUGACACAGAAGUGCCCAUACCUUUGAUUGAAGAAAGACAUCAGGUGCUGAACGAAAGCGGAACAGUUCUGUUAGAGAAGUUUGGAGGCUCUUUCCUCACCUGUGUUAAAAUGAGUGAGAAAAGUGCUCAGAAACUACUACGUCUAGUACUGGAAAAUUUUCCUUCUUACCGAGAUGAAGCUGUCUUUGAGAAAAAAAAGGUGUCGUUCUACAAACGGGCACAAAUACUUGUGGCUGAUACAUGGAGUGUAUUAGAAGGCAAAGGAGAUGGCUCUUUUGAUGACAUUUCUAGUCUGACUAUAUUUGCAGACUACAGAAUUCCUCAAGUUCUUGUUCACUUAAAAGCAAUGAAGUAUUCUGAAGAAUUAAUGAAGAAACUACGUGAAGGAACAAUGUUCCAGUCCGGAGAUAAAGAGGAGGUGGAGAUCCGUGGCUGUUCCAUUUGGUGUUGUGCGUUGAUUUGUAAGCACCUGCUGGAGCUCUACGAGAAGAAGGGUCAAGACAUGCGUGAAAAGAUCAAUGCGGUUUUACUCGAUUAUCAUCUUUGGGACUAUGCCAGGGAUCACAGGGAAGAGAUGAAAGACACUCCGUUCCACCGAGUGCGGUGUAUAUAUUACUAGGUCCGGUCUGAUAGCUGUGGCGUUGAUGCAUGAUCUUUUGAAUUGCGGUUACUCUUUUCGUAGGGUGGUUUGUCAUAGACUAAUUUGGAACUGGUUAAAUCAAAUGCUCGUUUUCAGAUGAUGUAGUAACAACUCUUUUUUUUCUUUUUUUUUUUUUUUCUCUGAAUCUUUCACUCGCCAUGAUUGGAAUUAAUCGUAUGAACUUUGCUGGACAACCCGUGUUAAUUCAGGGUUUAUUACUCCU